UUUUGAUAAAAGAAAAUAUGGAGAUAUUUUCUUACAUUUGAUAAGGAGUCCUUGUAAUCGUUUAAGCCUAGUGAUCGCCUGUUCGUCUAGUAGACUACCCUUAUUCAUAAUAUAAGAUCCAGUUUUCUGACUUUGAAACUUUGGAAACGGUUGUCAACAUUUGUAUGUUGAUAAGAAAAUACCUCAUGGGGAUUUUGAAGAAAGGUGAAAUGGAAUCAUCCCGGUCAAAGUCAAAAAAGACAUCCAAGAGCAAAUCCAAACCUCCUCCGGAGACGCUUUUUGAAUAUAAUGCGGAUGACGAUGACACGGACAUUGAAAAGGACGGAGAGAAAGAGAGCGAUGACUACCUCACGGAGGAUGAAACAAUUGACCAACGAAUUCAACAAGGAAGAGAGGAUAUAGAACAGAGACAAUCAGACUUCGAUCAAUGGAAAGUAGAAUUUGGUGAAAAGAAAGACACGCUAGUAAACAGGUACACAAGCAUGCGACGAAGAUCAUCCAUCCAUGUAAAGUUUCUUGAACAAGAACUUUUAAAAGAUGUGGUGACAAAUUAUCAGCAAUCUAAGAACUCAAAGUCAAAGAAAACCACAUUGGUGAAUAAAACAAAGCAGAACACGAGCAGAAAAAAUAUCAGACCAACAAAAUCAUGAUAAGAUUAGCAACUUAAUGAUAUUUAUAAUUUUCAAGAAAUCUAAGAAGUAUGAAAUAACUCAGUCGUAGUUUAGUUAUAAACAGAGGAUGACAGUUAUAUAUUUGAACCAUUCUCCUAGUACAUGCCGGAAGAAUGAUAUAAAUAUUGCAUGCUAAUCUGCUGAUCAUUAGGCUGUUCACAAGAACGAUCCGUUUCUAAGAGGAUUCAAGAAAGCCUUGUAUUAUAUCGGACGGCGUGAUCUACGAUUAUUAUGGAUUGGUCAUUUACUAUUCAGGAUUAAUUAAGAUGUACACACACGCAUUAACUGAUUGCAUUAUUGUGAAUGGAAUCGAACCACGUGCUGCAAUCGAUAGUGGUACAUGGUAUCAAUAUGCGAACUCCCAUGUAGUGUCUCGGAAUUUUAUUUUGAAGA